UUGGCCCGUGUGGGCGCAUUUCGAAAUUGUCCUGUCCGUCGCGGCGUUUUGGAUGAACGGGUUUUGUGCUUUGAAGCCUUUGAAUUCGUGCCUGCUGCUUCAACAACCCGAAACAAAAGUGCAACGCUUUCAAAUUAAUCGAUGUGCCGUCCAAUCUAAAUAGUAUUCGCUGCUGUUGUUGCCAGUUAGUUGCCAAUGAAUUGCCAAAGACAACAAAGUUUUGCUUAAGCCAUCGAUUUUUCGCGCUGUUUAAAACGCGUCUUCUGUGCGUCUCUGUGUGUCUGUGCGAGUGUUAGUGUGAGAGUGUAUCUGUGUGAGGACCUUUACACAUACAUACAUAUUACCAAAAUACAAGCAGGCAAAAACGCAGACAAAAAGUCCUUCACAGCUGCUGUUGCCGCUGUGCAGCUGCUGUCAGAAGGUACAAAAACGGCAACAGGAACAACAACAAUGCCUAACUGAUCCCAUAACGUUCACCUGGCAGUUCUCUUUGCUCUCUUCACCUCUCUCAGCCAUUGUAUGUGUGUGCGUGUGUGAUAUUUGUGCAUUCAAUUUGCACAAAAAUUUAAGCAAAUUCGCAAAUUUGUAAAUCCGCCCGUCCACGAACAACGCAAAUUGCCAUCCAUUUUGAUUUUGCACACACACGGGGAGCAAUAAUAGAAUUUAUCCCGUACUCCCCCCCGUACAAACAAAAUCAACAAGCGAGAGCUGCAGCGCGUGCAGCGGGAGUGAAAGAGAAGGCGAGCAUGCCUUGGGGGACCCUCUGACAUUUUCAUCAGGAACAACCAAACACACAACAGCAACAACAACAACGGCAACAUCAACAACAACACUACAACAGCAGCAACAACAACUGUGUAUCUUUGCUGGCACAGUUAUUUGUACUGCGCUCUCUGUGGCCAGUGAGCUGCCAUGUCGGGCACGCUCUUCGAGAUGGAGGAUCCACAGCAACAGUUGGAGACAGAGCAGCAGUUGUCGCUGUGCCUGGCCAGAAGUCUGGAGUUGAACGAUGUGGAAUCCUUGACGGUUGUCAGCUCCACAACGAUACAGAGCAAUUGCGAUGGCAGUGACAGUGGCUUGGAUGUGCCCAGCAGCUGUUGCAUGUCCCGGGUCACCUUGCAGCGUGGCUUGAGCAGCACCAGCGGCGGCUACACCAGCAGCAAUGGACUCGAGGAGAUCUACGACAGCUGUGAGCUGCAGCUCAUCGGCGGCGUCUCCCCCAGCGAGCAGGGCAGCGAGUGCUCCCAGAAGACGACGCCUCCAAGACGUGCAAAUGGCAGUGUCAAGAAAAAGGUGGCCAUGUUCGAGCCGGAGCCUUGUCCAUCCCAAUCCCAGUCUCCAGUCAAGACGCAGGAGCAGCUGCGUGGUCGUGUGGCCAAUUUAAAGCGUGCCGCCAGUUUGCCCAGAAAUGGCACGCCCACCACGCCGGGCAGAGAGAAACCACGUAUCUCCAAUUCCAGCUCCUUUCGGGUGCCAACAAACGCGGCCACGCCCACGCCGAUGAGGACACCACGCCCCCAGAAGCCAGACACGCUGCCCAGCGCCUUGAAUCGUGCACAAUCCGUGCAGCGACUCGCCCAAGUGCAACGCACUCCAUCCCUGAGUCGAGCACGCACCCCUGGCACACCCUCCGACGACGGACGCUGGCCAGCCAAUCGUGGAUCAGCCGGAGCACGUCGUGGCAUGUCCGUGACGCCGGACGUGAUGGCCAAUCGGAUGCGGGGCAGUCCAGCGCCAGGUGGCACCUUGCCACGUCGCCGCAAGCAACAGUCUGUGGAGGAUCUGAGCGUGGGGCGUUUGUCGCGCAGUAAUUCGAUCAGUCGGGCGGCUGUGGUGGAUGCCAGAAUGACGUCAUCGGUGAUGCUGAUGCCCACGAGUCGGAGAACUCUGGCGCCACCUGCAACCACUGCCACCGCCAAGGUGAACUCGUUGCGUCGUCCGCAACAACAGUUGUCAGUGCCCAGGACACGCAUCUACCAUGAGACGGCGGUGCAAACAGCACUGACCAGCGAGGAUCUGGAGCAGGUGCUUGGUGGUGGCGUGCUGCAAACGCGUGCCUUGGACGCCGUGGAGCAGCAGGAUCAGAGCACACAAGCGGAGCCGGAUCAGCGGGAUCAUGAGCUGGAGCAACUGCGUCAGGAGGUGCGUCAACUGAGUGGCAAGUUGCAGCGCGAGCGGGAGGAGAAACUGGCCAUGCAGCAGGAGUUGCAUCUGAAUACGGAGCGGGUCAUGAGCAUGUUGGGAUUGGCACGCGUGGUCAGCGCCAAUGCGGGCACACCCACGUCCGAGGAUAGCGGCGAUGGCAGCGGUCACGACAGUCUGCUCAUGCUGGAGUCACAGAUCCAGAUGAGUGGCCACGAGCUGUUCGAGCGCCAGCAGCAGAUUCGACAACUGAAGGCAGUGUGCCAUGCUUUGAAUCUGGAGAUGCAACGCUCGCUGGCCACACAACAGCUGCUGCUCCAGGAGAAGGCCGCCAUUGAGCAGGAGUCGAGUGAGCUGCAGGAUUUCCUGCAGCAUGAGAAGGCUGCCCAAUGCGAUGCGCUGCGGGAACUGGAGACGGAGUAUCAGGCGGCCAAGGCACAGCUGGCCAAUCGCGAGGAGGAGGCCAAGGUGUUGCGGGAUGAGUGUCGUCAUCUUGUGCGUCUUAACGAGCAGCGACGUCAGGAGAAUCGUCUGCUGCAAACGAAAUACGCCGCAUUGGAGAACAAAUCCCGGGAGUUGAUACAUCAACAGAAUGCAGCGGUCGCAGGAGCAUCCACAGCUCUGUCCGGACUCCAUGCGCGUCUGGACAGUCUCGUGGAGCAGCUGGUGUGCUCCUACAGCAUUUCCGAGCAGGAUCUGGAGGACAUACGCUUCCAGGCGGAAUCCCUGGCUGUGGAGACGGAGCACGCCCAGAAUGGCCUUAAGCCGAACGGCUUGGACUUGCCCCUGAGUCCUGCAGCUGCUGGCGAUGCUCUACACACGUUGGUCCUCACCAGCGACGGUUCGUUGUCGCCGCAACGCAAUCAAUCCUUCAUAGCCGCCGUCAUUGGUGCCAUACGCCAGGCCACGACCCACUCGGGAAAGCGUCUGUCGCAGCGCAAGCGACAGGGUCAAGGAUCAGCUGCAGCUGUAGGCUAUGCCAUGCCAGGAACACUGCACAACAACGAGCAAACCAAUCUCAAUGGCAAUGGCGGCGAUGAUUCCGAUUCCACAGAGAUGCUGGACUCGGAAACAGAGCCUUGUCUGCUCAUGAUGGACAAUGUGCUGGAGGAUGUAGUGCAUCCGGAUUCGCACUCCCACAACAUGGUCUCCUCCUGCACGGGCAUGAUCUCGCAAAUCGAGCUGCCCACGGAGCUGAUCAGCAGUCAGUGCAGCCAGCAUCAGGUGACUGUCAAUGCUGAUGAUUCACUGCAGCAAUUGUCACAGGCCAUCACCAAUCGCCAGCAGAUGGAACUGCACGUACAUAAGCUCAGUGUGCUGCCCAUGAACAAUCGCGAUCAAUGCAACACGGAGGAGCUAAGUUGCCAUGAUUCCCUUGCGGAUCUGCCCUCAUUGAUGGAGUACAGCACAGCUCAGGCUGUUGUCGAUCAGGUCAUUGAGGUGGACACACUGGUCACCAAAUUGCUCAAGGUUCUGCGUCUUGUGCAGCUGGACAACGAUAAUUGUAUUCAGCAACUGAUCGUGGACAAAAACAAACUACAACAGCAUAAGGAGGAUAUGCUGGAGAAGCUAAAAGACUUGGAGGAUGUCAAUCUAAAGCUGCAGGAUGAGCUCAUGGAUGCCACACAGGAGCUGAUGAUCAAGGGCAGCGAUUUAGGUGGCGCCAAGGCUGAAAUGCAGCGACAUCGCAACGAAAUCGACCGUCUCAAUGAGGACAUCUGCACGCUGAGCACUUUAUGCAGCAGCUAUAAGAAGCUGUCGCCCACCACAGAGUUUCCGCCCAUGCAGCUGCUGUCACCCAUCCAGGAGCCGGAACAGGGCGAUGUCCUGGGCAUUUUGAAUCUACUGAAGAUGUGGCAUUCCGGCGGACAGCUGCAGGAUGUCCGUGUCAGCAGCUAUUUGACAUCUAUCACACAGCAGACGGUGAAUACUCUUCCUCAGCCGGACAACAAUAAUGUGGAGCGUCUGCGCAUCUAUGCCAACCAAUUGGAGCAUGUCUCACGUGUCCUGGACGACUGUCAGAGCUUGGAGCAGCAUACGCCAUUGCAGCAGCUGCGUAAGGAUAUGGAAAUAGUGCGUCUAAAUGCCAACUGGACACAACUGUUGGACAACGCCAACUCCAACUCCGUCAACACGGAGCAACGAGAUCUCAAUGCAAAUGAAGCGGAUGUGCCCACAUCAAGGCCUUGAAUGGUGUCAAAUUGUUGUUUAUUAUCUAGUUAACUAUUAGUACUUAAAAGUUGUUUAACUUAACGUAGUUAGUUACAAAUGUUUGCGUCCAAUUCUAAUCGAAAAAGAAGGCUAAAAUUAGACAAGCACAUUCAUUUGCUAGCGGCCAAACAAAAUCUAUUUAAAUUUCUUUCAAAGGUCAAAUUUUAUAAUCAAAAUCUUAGCAUUAUGGUGCUCCAGAAUGCUCCUAGCUAUAAAUUUACGUUGCAUAAUUUAUGAAUGCAUUACAAGUCUACAGGUUUAAAAUUAGACAAAAUUAUUUAAUUGAUAGCAGUCUAAAAAUCUAUUCAAAAUUGUUGCAAAGUCAAAUUUGGUAAUCAAAAUCUUAACGUUUCUGGCAGAAUGCCUAUUUUAAACUAAUUAUGUUGCAUACUUUCAGGAUGUAUUGAUAUUAAUAGUUAUGUGCGAUUAAUUGCCAAUAUUCUGUUGCAUACCGUCAGGCGGCAAAAUAAAAGGCUUGAGCAACAAUAUUCAAAUUAUACGUUGCAUACUCUUAGGCGGCAAUUUGUAAAGCUGACUGCAACGCUUUUAUGCGUUUUGAAUAUAGUAUUAUUAUUGUAUUGCAAGCAGUGAGCCAGAGGCAACUUAGGCACUGGGCGUGGCUAUCUGAAUUUAUAGAACUAUAUAUAAAUACGAUUAAAAUACCAUUUGUUUUUUGACUUGAUAGCAAGUUGUUUGUAUAAUACACGUAUAAUAAAUAGGCAUAAACUAAA